UAUAUAGAUAUAUAGAUAUAGAUAUAUGUGUGAUACUAUAAAUGUGCUCUCCUCUUUUGAAAGGCGUGUAAGAUUAAGCAUUUGAAAUCUAUUUGAGUCCUAAAGAUCGGAAAGUUUCACAGGUUUCUUCGUUUAUGUUAUUGAGAUGUCAUCGUAUGACAAUGUUGUUGGUGGGAAAUUGAAGCUGAAGGGGAAAGCACUUGAUGUGGCGGGUGGGGUGAAGAAGAAGAAAAAGAAGAACAAGAGAAACCAAGAUCAACUCCUGCAAGUUGCCGAAGAUGAAAUUUCAGCAGGUGGAAGUGCAGAACAAGGUAAAGAUUCUAAUGAGGAGGAUACAAAUACGGCGAGGGAAUUGAGCAGUGGGAAAGGGAAGGUUGCCCAUUAUGAUGAUCAUCUUACCCCGGCAGAGAGGAGAUACAUUGAGCAGAGGGAGCAACUUGAUGUUCACAGAUUGGCCAAGAUUGCUAAUAAAUCUCACCGUGAUAGAAUUCAAGAUUUCAACCAGUAUCUUGCAAACAUGAGCGAGCAUUAUGAUAUUCCUAAAGUUGGUCCUGGAUGAUUGGUGCUUUCAAUGCCAGUGUGCACUCACAAUGCUUAUUGUCACUAUACAUUCAUCUUUAUUUUGGACCAAAUUGUAUUUCCUGUGAUGUGUAUUUCUUUUCUCUUCCUAGACGUAUGUUUUUGCCUUCAACGAAAUUUGUCUUUUUUCUAUUUAUUGUGCGCAAGGGGAAAUGCAUAGUACACAUAAGCUGCUGAUAAGGUUACAAGGAAUUUUAACCUGUAAAACGAUUAUUUGAUUAAGGCUGGAAAUGUUUAAAUCA